AUGUUUCCUUGUGUCUGCACACAGAGGACAGACCCUCAGCUCCUGGCCCAGUUCUAUUACGCUGAUGAAGAGCUUAACCAGGUUGCGACUGAGCUGGACAGCCUCGACGGCAGGAAGGACCCCCAGAGAUGUACCCUGCUGGUCAACCAGUUCCGAUCCUGUCAGGACAACGUGCUGAACAUUAUCAGUCAGAUCAUGGAUGAAUGUAUCCCCAACGACCGGGCCAACCGAGACUUUUGUGUCAAGUUCCCGGAGGAGAUUCGUCAUGACAACCUGGCAGGGCAACUGUGGUUUGGAGCUGAGUGUUUGGCUGCUGGCUCCAUUAUCAUGAACAGGGAGAUAGAGAGUAUAGCCAUGAGACCUCUCGCUAAAGACCUCACUCGCAGCCUGGAGGAGGUGCGGAACAUAACCAGAGACCAGGCCCUGAGAGACCUGAACCUGUACCCAGACCGCAUGAAAGAUGCAUUGCGACAUUUUGACAGCCUUUUUGCUGAGUUCGAGCUCAGCUACGUGUCAGCCAUGGUGCCUGUAAAGUCUCCCAAAGAAUAUUAUGUGCAGCAGGAGGUGAUUGUGCUCUUCUGUGAAACAGUGGAGAGGGCCUUAAAGCUGAGCUAUCUCACCCAAGACAUGAUUGAUGACUAUGAACCAGCAUUGAUGUUUACAAUUCCUAGACUAGCCAUUGUUUGUGGGCUGGUUGUAUAUCCGGACGGACCUCUUAACCUCGACCGAAAAUCAGAGGACAUAUCUGAGCUCUUCAGACCUUUUCGCACUUUAUUGAAGAAAAUAAGAGAUCUCCUGCGAACUCUCACCGAGGAGGAGUUGAUAACGCUGGAGAGGAACCUGUGUAUUUCUCAGGAUGGAGAGUUGUCCACGGGCCAGCCGCUGGCCACAAACGGUGUACCCGCACACGUCCAGGAGAAUCACUCAUCAUGCAGCCCUGCUAAUGACACCGCAACAAGGGAGGGCGAGAGGGACGAGGAGCAGCUGCCGGUGUUUAUCUGUUCCAGCAAAGAGGAGGAAUUGGCAGAGGUAGAGAAAGGCUGGGAGGAGGUGGAAACCCAGGGGGAGGAGGAGGAGCAGGAGCAGGGCCUGCUCUGCGAGGAGGCAGAGGAGGCUGAGCUGGCCUGCUCCAUGCAGUACGAUGAGGAGGAACUCGAGCAGCUCAACAUGAUGGUGUACCGAGUGGGAGACGAAAUGUCCACUCUGCUGUCCCCUCCCAGCCAGGGCCAGUCCCCGGCCCAUCAGCCCGGCCGAGAGCCCGGGGUCUCCAGUGGGGCCUCCAGCACCGAGGCCUCGCCACGCAGGACCCUGUUAAUCAAAGGAAGGACAAGCAUCUCUGCGGAGGAGGAGGACCGGGUCUUCUUCAUGGACGACCUGGAUGCCGUCCCCAGAGAGGCUUGUGGUUGUGCUGUCUCCUCCUUGAAAGAGUCGGUCCAUCCUGUGCAGCACAGGCCUGGACCCAGGCCCGAGUCGGUUAGGAACGGUUGGCACUCUGACACUACAUCAGAGCAGCCGCACCCACAGCCGCGCAGCCUGAGCACACGUUGUCCGGUAGCAAAGCGGCCCCCCUUCGCCACUGGCCCCGGUUCUGAGGCUCUGCCUUACAGCAACGGCUGGGAGAUGGGCUUAGAAGGGACAGCCUCUGAAACAGCUGAGGUCAUCGCCCAUCGCAUGGGAGGGAUGAAGCUGUCCGCCACAGUCAUUUUCAACCCUCACUCCCCCAGCUUGACAGAGCUGACUGUGGACAAGCUGCUGCUGCCACGGCCCUCUCCGUCAGAGGUGGAGCCCUGCGGCCCCCUGGUGGCCACCCACUGUCUGCUCAACUCCUGUGUCUGCUGUGGGAGCUGUGAGGACGGUCACGAGGACGCCAUCAGCACGGAGACCACAGGACUCAGCAUAGGCCUCCCACUGAGGCUGGACAAACAUUGUAAGACCUCCGCCCCCGGCACCGUCAUCCAGUCUGCUGCUUGCCAGCUUCCGCCCCUCGGUCACGAACCCCACGGCAAGUGUGAGAUCGCUCAGCUGACUCCCCCCUCCUCCCGUUGCUCUGUGGCUCCACUGGAAGAGGAUUCAAAUUCCCAGCUGUGUGAGAAGUGCCUGGUGGUGGCUCCAGGACAGGGGCAUCCCUCUCAGGAUUAUAGUUCUAGCAGAGGGGAGGGAGGCUCCCCGUGCAACCACCAGCUGAGGACUGAAAAGAGGCAGGGCUGGGGCCGGCAGAGGGACAGAGAGCUGGAUAAGGACAAGCUGGAACAUAAAGAAAUGAGGCAGGAAACCAAAGAGGACAGCAGGACAAGCUCCAGGUCUGAUCACUUUUUAGAAGUUUUUCAGAACUCUCCCCUCAGCUCUGUGUCAUGUAGUGACUGUGACAGUGUGUCGGUCACCACGUGUAGUUUGUCAAGCAGUGCAUACACACCCAGCCCUAUAAGCAGUCUGAGUCCCAGCUCAGGGACAUCAGAAGACCUGGACCACCAGGAGAUCCAGCUGGCCCUACAUGACGCCAAGCUAGCAGCCAGGAACAAGAUCCGCUCACGUUUCCACAGCAGCAGUGAUCUCAUCCACCGUCUCUUUGUUUGCAUAUCAGGGGUUGCCGAUCAGCUCCAGACCAACUACGCCAGUGACCUUCGCAGCAUCCUCAAAACUUUGUUUGAAGUCAUGGCAACCAAGUGUGACCAAGGAGACAAUGAUAAGCAAAAGAAAGCAGGUCCUGCUCUGCGCAGUGCCGUGCUGGAGGACUGCGCUCUGUGUCAGGAGACCAUUUCCUCAUCGGAAUUGGCAGCCAAAGCCCGGGAGGGCCAGUUCGAAGACCCUCCAGACUGGGUUCCCGAUGAAGCCUGCAACUCCUGCAUUGCCUGCAAAGCCCCCUUCACUGUCAUCCGCAGGAAGCAUCACUGCAGGAGCUGUGGAAAGAUCUUCUGCUCUCGCUGCUCUUCCCAUUCUGCUCCAUUGCCUCGAUACGGGCAGGUCAAGCCCGUCAGGGUGUGCACCCACUGCUACAUGUUUCAUGUCACGCCUUUCUACAGUGACAAGGCAGCCAUCUGACCCCAGAUCCUCUCAGAAACAGCACAUUUUGCCACAACAGCAUAUGCAACAAACAGAUGCACAGCAAAGCAAAAGCAACACUGCUCCGGUGACCCUCAAUGGUCGUGAUUGUAACUUUUAAGUAGGAUUUCAGAUUAUUGGCGUUGGAAAGGAAACGGCAGACAAGAACCGACAAUGGGAUGAUUCCACCUGUCUUUGACAGUUUCGGAUGUGAGAAUAAAAAUUUCAACACCAGUGAUUUACAGCCCAUCUAAUGUUUAAAGGCAGAAGGAAUGAGCAUGCAGCAGAAAAAAAUCAUCCUGCGUCAAGCAGCAUUCUGUGUAGUAGUAUGUUUUACGAAAUCACAACAUUUUUGUUCCUUUUUUCCCUUUGCUUAAGGUAUGAAUAAGACUUUUGGCAUAUUUUUCUAUGCUUUAGUGAGCCCUCCCUCCUUUCAAGUCAAGCUCCAAAAAGACUUGGAUUAUUUAAAAGAAUGUUAGUGACACCCAUCAUGUAAAUAGUGAUAAAUCUGGUUAGAAUUGUACUAAAAUGUUUUCAGUGAGAGUUUGAUAUGUAUUAGAACCUAAAAGCAAUCUCCUGCUAAAGCAAAACUGAUACACGGACAAGUUUUCUAUGAUAUUUCCUCAUGGUUUUUAUGGCGAUGAAUGUGUAACUCUCUACUACUUUGUCGCUGGAGUCCGCAUUCCAACUUGGGCUGUGAUGUGCAAUGAGAUGCUCCCUUGGACUGGAUAAAACCAAUCCCUCAGACAUUUGCAGGUCUUGGAGGCCCCCUAGUGGAGAGCUCAGUGCCCUCCAAACCAGAGCCCCACUCAGGUGCCGCCUCAGAGAAAUGCAUCCAGUUGCUGCCCGGUUUAUUUCACCCCCUCAUAAAUUCUCUCCUACAAUAUUGUGACUACUAAUUACAUUUGUCCCAAACACUCAAGAGGCCAAGCUUUUCUGUUUUGGCUCAGUUCUGACGAAUGAAGGAGUGUUGAUGAGAGUUAACCUCAGAUUGUUUCCAUCCUCAGCUCUGUUUGCGCUGUUGGACAUGAAAAGAUGUUCUGAUGCCAGACUGACAUCAUUUGCUCUCGACUCUAUGCUCUUAAACCUGCUCCACUGCUUUUAAAGCAUACAAAGUAUCUUCCAUACUUUUCAGACUCUGAAAUGGGCAGCAUGGCCCUACGAGUAACAACGUGGUCGUAUUUAAUUUGUUCUCCUCUUCUCUGACUUGAAGCAGCUUCUCAGGCAUUAAAAAUCCAAAAACAUCCACAACUGUUGCAUUAAUCCUUAAUUGAAAAGAAAGAAAACAUUCAAACUUACUUUGUAAAGUUAUGCUUUGUCUUUUAUAAAGAACAAAAAUAAUAUAAAGUGAUAAUUAUGUUUCUGUAAAAAAGGUAAGAAAUAUGGAUUCAUGCAGUAAAGAAAGGUUGGAACAUCUGAUUAUUAUUAUUAUUAUUAUUGUUUCAGAGCUUCUUAUUAUUUUUUAAAACUCAUUUUCAUUUCCAUGAUAAGAGCUGUGUAAAAUACUAAACAAAUAAUGUUCUAUAGUUUUAAAUGCGAUGUAUAUUGAAAUAAA